GGUGGUGGUCGGCAGCCUGUCCAGCGUCUCCACGUGGAGCCCUCUGCAGCUGAUGAUGACAGAAAACAUCAGCUCGGACGUCCUGAUUCCUCUGAACCCUGCAGACUCUCAGACAGCAUGGCACGCGUUGGCCACGCCGGCAUGACGGCAGAUGAGGUGACGGAAAACAUCGAGGCUGCUUUCCAAACAGUGGCGGCCAAACUACGCACGAAAAGUCCGGUGAUAAAGCUCAUCCAUAUAAAGAGCCAGACGUCGGGGGCCCUGCCCAUCUACACGUCAGACCUGAACCACCUCAGCGUGCUGGACGAGGCAGAGAAACAGGCUCAGGCUGCCAGGCAGGAGGCUGCGGCCAAAAAGCAGGCGAAGAAGAACAAGGCGGCGGAGGAGAAGAAAAGCGCGGUGACGGGGGGAGAAAUCCCACAGCUGGUUCCCAUAGCAACACCUAGCAAAAAGCCCAAACUGGAGAAGGCACCCAAACCUGCUGCAGCGAAGAAAGGAAGGAAAGGAAAGAAAGCACCAAACAAAAUGACCAAGACAUCUGGAAAGACUGAGUCCAAAGGGAAGAGAAGAGUUCCCAAAGUGAAGUGAUUGUCAGAGCGUCUUCACACAUGACGCUCUCAACAUGGACGUUAUAUUACGGGACCAGGUUGUUCAGACUGGUCAAUAUAUUCACUCUGUUCUGUCUUUCUUUGCUCGGAUGAUGCAGAUUAUAAAGUGGAACUGAAAUGAU